GUAUUUAAGGGGUUCAGAGGUUUCAUGGUUCAGUCUGAAUCGGGUCAGAAGUGCGAAGUUCUGUUUCAUGAACAGAACCAGAGUUCUGGGUCGUUUCUCCUGCAGGAAGUUGAGUCUGAGAGCAGAAGUGUUAUCAGCUGCUAUCGCCUCGCCGCGGCGCCGCUCAGGUAUAAAACGGCAGACCGGGAGGAGGGGACAGACACACGGACGACCCGGGCAGGAUGGAGAGAACCCAGGUGCUGGUUCUGGUCGUCAUGUUCCUGAGCUGCACUCAGGCUCAGGACACCACCUCCUCCAGCUACAGCUCCUCCACUGUCGUCAUGGCGACCACCCUCACCUCAACCAUCACAGGGACUAAUGCGACCCUCCAGUCUACGCUCAGCUGGUCGCCCCCCCCCUCGGAGACCGGUACGCCCCCCGGCGGCAGCAGCGACCCCACCAGGGCCCCACCCGCCUCCUCCACCCGCCCCCCCAGCACCGCCGCCCCUCAGACGGACGUCCAGCCGCUUGUGACGACCCGGAUCACGGCGGCUCCCAGCCAGAGCCCCCCUAGCAGUGACGGCCCCACCAGAGCCCCACCCGCCUCCUCCACCCGCCCCCCCAGCACCGCCGCCCCUCAGACGGACGUCCAGCCGCUUGUGACGACCCGGAUCACGGCGGCUCCCAGCCAGAGCCCCCCUAGCAGUGACGGCCCCCCCGGCGGCGGCAGCGACCCUAAAAGCACCCCACCCGCCUCCUCCACCCGCCCCCCCCAACACCGCCGCCCCCCAGACGGACCUCCAGCCGCUUGCGACGACCCGGAUCACGGCGGCUCCCAGCCGGAGCCCCCCAGGCAGCAGCGGCGGUACGACGCCCCUGACCUCUGCCCCCCCCACGGCGGGGUCGGGCUGCGUGUCUGCAGGCCGCAGGCUGCAGCAGCUGCUGCUGGCUGCGGCCUGCAUGCUGCUGCAGCGCGCCGCUCACACCUGAACCUGGACUUUCUCUGGGUUCAGCGGUGA